AUCUGGAGGGAGGACAGAGGAAAGAGGAAAGAGGAAAGAAAAAAAGGUGGGAGAGAAGAAAAGUGGGACUGUUGGUGAGGGUGAGUCUCAGUCCUCAGAGUUUACAACAUGGACCAUGAACAGCAGGAAUGAGACUGACCAUGAUCACCACCCUUUUCUUCUGAUGUUGCUGGAAACAAACAUGAAACAUGGCUCUCCUGAGAAGAAUUAAUCAUGUCCUCCUGGUGCUGCUGGUCCUCAUGCUGUUUCUGCUCCUGCACAACACUCUGCUCAGAGCCUCCACUCGGCCCGAGCUCUCAGAUCACCGGAGGACCGUUGGAAGCGCAGCUCGAGUCCCCGCGGGGAGAGUGUCCGAGGCAGACAGCGUCAUCCCUGUCAUCAUCUGUGCGUCAGAGGAGCGUAUGGGUGGAACCAUGGCUGCUAUCAACAGCAUCUACAGCAACACACGUGCCAGUGUUUUCUUCUAUAUUGUUACUUUUCGUGAUGCUGUGAAACUGACGAGGCAGUACAUUGAGAGGACUAAACUCAGACGCAUCAAGUAUAAGAUACUGGAAUUUAAUCCCAUGGUUCUACGAGGGAAAGUGAAGCCAGAUUCCUCUCGACCUGAUCUGUUACAUCCACUCAACUUUGUGCGAUUUUACUUACCUCUGCUCGACGUCAGCCAUCAGAGGGUGAUAUACUUGGAUGAUGACGUCAUUGUGCAGGGAGACAUCGAGGAUCUGUUUAAUGUCAAACUGAAGCCAGGACAUGCUGCUGCGUUCGCCUCUGACUGCGACCUGCCCUCCACCCAUGAGAUGGUGCGCAGCAUCGGCAUGCAGACAACCUACAUGGGCUUCCUGGACUACAGGAAACAGGAAGUUAAAGACCUGGGCAUUAACCCCAGAGACUGCUCCUUCAACCCUGGAGUGUUUGUGGCAGAUGUCAGCGAGUGGAAGAAGCAAAAGAUCACCAAGCAGCUGGAGAGGUGGAUGGAAGAGAAUUUCAGGCAGAACAUAUACAGCAGUGCCAUGGCGGGAGGUGUGGCAACUCCGCCCAUGCUAAUUGUUUUUCAUGACAAAUACACAACACUGGAUCCACUGUGGCACGUCAGGCACCUGGGCUGGAGUCCAGAUGCCCACUAUUCAGAGAGCUACCUACAGGAGGCACGUCUGCUGCACUGGAAUGGUCCAUUCAAACCGUGGAGUUACCCUGCUGUUCACUUGGACCUGUGGGAGAGGUGGUUCAUCCCAGACCCCUCCGGAAAAUUCUCCUUGGUACGACCUGAUAGUGACAGAUGAAGUCUGGUGGAACAUACCAUGUCUGAGGCAUGAGGGGGGCAGGGGGGGGGACAUGCAGUGUGAAGUUCAGGACUUACUUAGCCAAUGGGUGAGGUGGGGCAGCUCUCACACACACUGUGUGAGAGCUGCCCCACUGUGUGUAGACCACCUCCAACUCUUCUGUAACUUUCCAUCCUUGAACCCUGAUCCACCUACCAAGAAGUGGACAAAAGACCAGAGUCCACUCAUCUUUUGAGGGGACUGUGAGGACGGUUUCAUGACGUAGAUGCUGCAGCUCUUACCUGCCCCUUCACUGACUAAGUUCACUGUGAGACUCCACCAGAUCUUUGCUUAUGGUGCUCAUAUUGAUAAAAUCUUCAAAAGCUUCAGCCUGAAGACAGGUUCCUAAGUAAACCUUAAAUAUCUUAGUGAAUUUGACAUCUGUAGACUGGACGUCUCUUCAGAUUUAGAUUCAUACAGAA